AUGGUUAGCCGCUUGAAACCUCAUCAACGGCUGCUAUCGCGAUCUCGACCUCGACCUCUUCGAGUUCACAUCACAUUGUCUCUUCUUUCACUAAGAGCUCUACUACUGGACUCCAUCAUGGCAGUCCUCAGCUCAUGCUACUCGUUCUUCACCAGCUCCACUACGCUCAACAUCACGUUGCGGACUAUGGUCCUGGCGGCUCUCACCUCCAUGCUCUUCAACGCCAUCGACCUUCGUCUUCCAGUCCCAGCUGCGGUGGAAGAGUUGACCGUCGUGGUGGUACUUCUCGCCCUCGAACUUGGUCUCAGCCGAAACCGCCAGGACAGCACGACCAAGAAGAGCAAGCCAUGCCCCGGUGAGCGGCGUGUCUACGAAGAUGUCACCGGCCUCGCUGGGCGGCUCCAGGCAGCAGCCAAGGCAGGUGACACGGAUGCAGCAGAGGCCUUGAUGGAGAGGAUUCUGGGGGAGGGUACCAAGCCCAGUUUGGUUUGCUAUGGAGCCUUGAUCUCAGCCUUUGCUAAAGCCGGGGAUGUGAAGCGUGCGGAGUAUUGGCUGGAGGCUCUUGAAGCCUCCGGUGUAGGCAGCCCUAACGGGAUCUGCCUGAAUAUGUUGAUCAGUGCCUGUGCCAAAGCCAAUGCUGUUGAUCGUGCAGAGUAUUGGCUUGUGAAGAUGCCUUCUUUGGGAUUGAGCCCGGAUGUCAUGAGCUACAACGCCGUCAUCGAUGCUUGCGCAAGGACGGGGGAUGUGGUUCGGGCAGAGCGUUGGCUUGAGAAGAUGAAGGCUUCUGGCACAACCCCCAAUGUUGUCAGCUACAGCUCCGUGCUGCAUGCCUGUGCACGCAGCUGCGAUGCCAGUCUGGCCGAGCGCUGGCUCGAGCGCAUGUCCAAGGAGGGCGCUGAGCCGAAUGCCAUCUGCUACAAUGCCGUGAUCAAUGCUUGGUGCAAGGAGGGCAACACCCGACGUGCAGCUCAUUGGCUCGAGCAGAUGUCCGUGCGAGGAGUCCAGCCCACCGUCAACAGCUACAGCACGAUCAUCGACAAGUUGGCGAAGGCUGGUGACAUCGACGGAGCCGAGACCUGGCUGAUGCGUAUGGCAGAGGCAGGGGUGGAGGCAGAUGCCGUCUCAUACAACAUGCUCUUCAGCGCUUGCAGCAAGAUGGGCGAUUCAGUCAGGGCCGGCAAGCUCUUCGAUCAGAUGAUGCAGCGCAAGGUAACCCCAAACACAAUCUGCUUCAAUCUGAUCAUCAACACUCACAGCCGUCAAGGUGAUUUCUACGCUGUUCUUCGACGUCUGCGCCAGAUGCGCGAGCAGGGCAUCCAAGCUGAUCGUGUCAGCUUCAACACCUCGCUGAAGGCCUUCUCGCGUUGCUCCGAUUGCAAGGCCGUGGAGAAGCUCCUGGAGGAAAUGCACAGUGCCGGUGUGAAGCCCGACGUCGCGGCCUACAACACCUUCAUUGCUGUGUGCAUGCGUGCCAAGGACGCUUCCAAGGCCGAGGAAUGGCUGUGUCGAAUGACAAGCGCUGGCGUGCAGGCAGAUGCCGUCAGCUACUGCACCAUGAUCGAUGCCUUUGCACAGAGCGGCGACUUGCACCGUGCCGAGAAAUGGCUCGAGAAGAUGGAGCGUUCUGGGCUCCAGGUUGGUGCCACAACCUACGGGUUGCUGAUCAGUACGGUCGCGAAGAUGGGUGAUGUCGGCCGUGUGGAGCGCAUCUUCGAGCGAAUGGACCGUGCCAACGUCGAGGUCAACGGCUCCACCUACAACGCGCUCAUCUCGGCCUGCGCUCGGAAGGGGGAUGUGGACCGGGCCGAGUUCUGGCUGAAGAAGCUCCUGAAGUCCAACGCGCAGGCGGACGUCGCCAGCUACUCCUCGGUGAUCCACGCGUGCGCCAAGGCGAACAGCCUUCGCCGGGCUGAGGCUUGGAUCGAACAGAUGGAGCACGACGGCAUCCCAGCCAACGUGGUGACCUACAACAGCGUGAUCAACGCCUGCGCUCGCUGCGGGGACGCCACGCGUGCGGAGUAUUGGUUUCAGAAGAUGACGUCCCAGGGAGUCCAGCCCGGAGUCCUCACCUUCAACUCCCUGGUGAACGCCUGCGCCAAGGCCUUGGAUGUGGAUCGUGCUGAGAAGUGGCUGAAGGAGAUGCCAAAGCACAAUGUCCAGCCGGAUGACGUGUCCUACAGCACCGUGAUCCAUGCCUGCGGCACAGCCCAGGAACCCGAGCGAGCCGAGCAAUGGAUGAAGCUGAUGAUCUCUUCACUUUGUAGCCAGGGUGAGAAGCCGGGCUCUUUCUGCUACAACUCCAUUGCCCAAGCCUGGGUUCGAGCUGGCGAUGUGGACCGGGCCAUGCACUGGCUUUCGGAAGCAGAACGCCUUGGGGUGGAAGUGUCCUCUGCGAGCUUGAACGGUGGAACUUUGGUCCUCGAAGGCCUGGAGCAGGUGAAGCGACUGGCCACAUUCCUUUGCUUAAAUAAUUCGAAGAAGGUGAAGCUGCACCUCCACAAUGCCUACCGCGACACGCACUUCUGGAAGCUGAGUGAUGGUGCCGACUUCCAGAAGGAAGCCAGAGCUGCCGAGAUGAGAUCCCGACCCCACUACGAGGUUGGGUGCCUGGAGAUUGACGCAGAAAUCACUGCGGCAAAGAAGUUUCUGGAGAAGUUCACCUGGACAAAUCCAGACAAUCUCUGGGAAGAGUUUGAGGCACCCUUCUUGGACAUGGGCGCCAGCGUGCUGAACCAGAAGCCCAAACGCUUCAGGCUUCAGAUCAUCAAUCGAGCCCUUGUGCUCGCGAAGCUGAGCAUCCAGCUUUCCAACACGGGUCCCUUGAGGCUUCCCUGGAAGGACUGCAUGGUCGGACCUGGGCAGCAUGUCAAUGUCCUGAUCGACACAGCACCCAUCGAGUGCGGUGAGUGGCGCGGAGCCAUUCGCGUUUUAGGCAGUUGGGCUGGGUUCUUUGGGAAUGUGGAGGGCGAGGUGCGCAUCCCGACCUACUUCAGGGUUCAGACGCAGCAGAAGGAUAAGGAUGCAGGGAGGACUCUCCCGGUGCAUGCUCCAAGACCUUUCCGGCCUGGCAGCGCGAACAGGAUCUGGAUCGACCCUGCGACUUUGCACCCCCAGCAGCUCCGGAGCCCGACGCCACUGCGGCUUCGACCGGCGAGCUCCUCGGCCAGCAGCGCCAAGCCAGAGUCCCAAGGCUACCGGCCGGGAUCCUCAAGGACCGGGGUCAGCACAGCGAUACCCUCGUCUCGGCCGCUCAGCGCCCUGGGUCCUCCCUCGUCGCGCGGUUGUUGCUCGGCAAGCGCAGUGCCCUCCUCGCGCAGCCAAGCCGGUCGUCACGUGGCUGCGCCACUGCCGCCAUCAGCUCCUCAGGAAGCACCGCACGCUCCCAGCCGUCCCCGGCCGCGGUCGGCGCCGUCGGCUCCUCCCCUUCCCAAGGCGGAGGCGAAGACGAGGCCCGCCUCUGCCACAGAGGUUCGCUAG